UCACAUCAUGAUUGCUCUAGCAGUUAUACAGUGCGGUUACUAGGGAAACAGCCUGACUUCGGACCAGACUAAUCAACAGACACUUCAUUAGAGAUCAACACUCACUUCAUAUCCUCAGGCUCUACACAUGUCUCAACCAAUUAUACUAUACGAUAUUCCAGCUCAAGUGCCCGGAAAAGCUUUUUCUGGCAACAUGUUCAAAGCAAGGUACAUACUUGCCUACAAAGGUUUGGCCUUCAAAUCUGUCUGGAUUGAAGCACCCGAUAUCGAAGAGCGGAUGAAGGCCAUCGGCGCCAAACCUAGCGGACGCAAACCUGACGGAAGUGAUUUCUACACUCUCCCUACUAUCCAGGACCCUUCUACAGGUGCCAUUGUCUCCGACUCUUUCUCCAUCGCAGAAUACCUCGAUGAAACGUAUCCGUCCAAACCCGCUGUCUUCCCCCCCGGCACUACAGCCCUCAUCAGUGCCUUUGAUUCUGCUCUCAUGAACACCCUAGGCCCUGUCUUCCCGGUAAUGGCUGUCAUGGCUACCCCUAAGCUGUAUCCCAGGACCGAGGAGUAUCUUAGGAAGAAAGCUGAGGCUACACUUGGUACCAAGUGGGAGGAUUUUUCGCCGGUAGGCCCAAAGCGAGAUGAGGACUGGAAAAACAUAAAGGUGGCCUUUGGGAUCAUCGAUGGGUGGUAUUCAAAGAGCGAUGGUAAAUGGUUUAUGGGAGAUACGUUCUCCCAUGCAGAUGUCCUCGUAGCUGCAUGGAUGAAGAGCUUCAGCGUUCUCUUUGAUGAGGAUCAGUGGGAGGAAAUGAGAUCUUGGAAUGGCGGACGCUGGGGCAGCAUAGUUGAAGAGAUUAGCAGGUAUUCCAUUCUGGACUAACGGGUCUGCAUAAUGUAAAUGACGUUAUGGGCCCAAGUCGACUGUGCUAUCAUAAUACUGACCGUUGUGUGCCUGGUGUGAUGUAACUGCCACUUAUUACUAUUACCUGGCUUUCAGCUUGCCACUGUCUGUGCAGGCUUCUCGUCGUA